ACUUCAAAUUAUGGCUUACUUUAAAGUUUAAAUAAUACAUUUGUUUGUAUUCACCAUUACCGGAACUUUUUUUUUAUUAGUUUAUGAAUUUAUGUAUUUUUUAUGUGUAGUAAAAAAAUCAUUAAUCAAGCUCAUUUAUAAAUGGAUAUUUAUGAUAAUCCUAUAAAAUGUAUUUUCAUCAGUCACUUUCAUCCUAUAGCUGGACCGAAAAUAUUGUGUCAGGUGCCUAAUGAUUUUAUUAGUAAAGAUACUUUCGAAACUGUAAGUGUAUAUAUUAUUCCAAAAGGCCAACUUCAGAGAUGCAAAAUUACUAUAACAACAAGAGAUACCAAAAUUUUAGGAUACCCAGUACAUAUCAGCGACAAAAAGUAUGCCCGUAAUGCUUACUAUUUUAAUUUAUGUUUUGUCUGCGAUCAUUCCUCCCAUACCGUUCAAUAUGAACCUAUUGUAAAGAAACUGUCACAUUUUUUAACAAAUUUGGAAAUCGAAGAUAAUUUUCUAUCAAAAAAUGACAAAUCAAUAGAAACUAAAGAACAUUUAUUGUUUUUAUUGAAAAAAGUUAUGAACGAUAUCAACAUGUAUAAAAAAUGUAUUUUAACAGCCCAAGAUACAAUUGUUUACUUAAAUAUUGUUGAGGUGUCACAUAACCCACCGGUUCCGUUAGAUUAUGAUGUUCCAUUAUUGGUUUGUCCCCUAGAAUUAACCGAAGAACAUUGGGAUCUCACCACUAGACAAGUAGCACCAUUUAUUGAUGGAGUAAAUCAUAUAUCUAAAAUUGCUGAACUUGCAAAAUUGGACAUUGAAAUGGUAACUGCCUGUAUUCAAAAUUUAGUUUAUUGCAAUGCAGUUUCUUUAGUUGACUUAUUCCGCUAUAGCAACAUGUAUGUGUCUACAACUAAAAUAGGGAAUUUAGCUAGGAAUAGGAGUCGCUAUGACGAAGCUAUCGAUGUUAUAUCACGGCCAAAUGGACCAAAAGCAACAUUAAAAAGUAUAUUUAAUAUGUAUGCUGCUAUGCGACAAGGAUCCCGUCUCAUCGAUGUUUGCUUAAGGUAUAAUCCAGCCUCGCUAAACAUAGACGAAAGAAAUCUAGUUCUCUAUGGAUUAGCUAAUGGAUAUAUUCGUCAACUAAGAAAGUACCCAAUCGUGUUAAGUGAAAAUGAUAUUGAAAAAACACCAUUAGGACAAUUUUAUAACGGCCUUAACUCGUUGGGCUUAAUUAGUUGCUACACAAAUUCAGACGUCUAUAAGUUAGAUGAAGAAAUCGAAAAAGACACAAAAGUAGUUUCGAUUUGGAAGUAAAAUAUUAUAGAUUAUAAUUUAUAAUAUGUCUGGAAUUUAAAAACAGUACUGUGAUAAAAGUUGAUAUAAUAUUUUGUAUGUUUAAUACAAUAUAGAUUAUAA